AUGGUAUUCUGUUCUUUACGCAUCAUCGGAGGAGCACUAUCCAUUGCCAAUGGCAAAGGGAUGGCAGCCAAGAUCAUCUCCAGCGUUGCUCUAUCGCCACUUCUCCUCGCUGCCACUGGAUUGCUUCAUGAGGUACGCGUGCGCGGCAACCCGCAGAUCGACAUCAAAUUAGAAUGGAUCGCUGUCCUGGUCGUCCACACGAUCGUCGGUGCUGGGAUCGCUCUCACGGCCGUCGGUAUCUCUGAAAUUUCUGGUCCCAAUCCAUCUGGCAAGGACAUGACAUUUAUCAAGACUGGAUUGGCUUUGUUGACAUUUUCUUGGGUAUCGAUACUCCUCUUGGCAUUCUUAUCCUUGACUGCUCCUGCCUAUCGCCGUAUAUUACUAUCUACCACGGUCUUUGCUUUGCCAUGGUCAGGAGUCCGUGUCAUAUAUACUCUGGUUGCUUUUGCCUCGGAGAAAAAGUCGUUGAAUCCUAUCACUGGCACUUUGGCUGUUCGCAUUGUUCUUGGUCUGCUUCCUGAGGUUAUUGCUACGCUGUCAUUUCUUGUUGGAGGCUUGCUCGAUCCGCCUCAGCAUCAAAGACAUGAAUGUCCGGAGCAUGGAAUUGAGACUCCCCAACAUGCCAGAUCCGACUUCUCCUCCCGGCUGGGACUUGGCGACCAACCAGACCUCAGUCAAAACAAGCAGAAAGACAUCGAGUGCUAA